UUGAGGUCUUUGAGUGUGCGGUGGCUGCGUUCCGAAGUUAGCCUUGUGAGCGAGCAGACAACUUUGUUCAACUACUCCAUUGCUGAGAACAUCUAGUUUGGCCAAGAGGAAACCACAAUGACUGAAGUUGUGGAGAUGGCCAAGCUAGUUGGCAUGCAGAAGUUCAUCGUUAGCCUUCCUAAGGGUUACGAGACAGAGAUAGGUGAGCAAGGCUGCCAGCUGAGUGAGGGGCAACGCCAGCGGUUGGCUAUUACUCGAGCAAUGGUCAAGACUCCCCGGAUACUGCUUCUGGACAAUGCAACCGGUGCACUGGAUGUGGCCUCUGAAACCCACCUUCUGCGGACCCUUGCAAAGGGCAGUCCUCGGCGCACAACCGUGAUGGUAAUGCAGUGACUGUCGACCUUACGAGAGGCAGACAUGGUGUAUGUGAUGGACGAAGGCCGUGUUGUGAAGCAGGGCAAACAUGAGGACCUGGUGGCAAAGAAAGGGUUCUACUUCCAGCUCAUGCUCAGCCAGCUCACAGAAAAUGAAGAUGCUGAGGUGCCGGCACCUCCACCUGAGUCCUGUCCUC